ACAGCAACUAAAAGAGGCAGUAAACAGUUUUGAGCUGUUAGUGUCGAAUUGGCCGGGGUGAAAUUUACAAAUAAGAGGCAAUUUACGGAAUGAAGUGCAUAUUUGAACUUCUAAAUAAUAAUAAUUGCUAGAAUUGAAGUUUCAGCGGCUAGAAUUGAGUUUCACUUAUUUAAAAAAAAUCAGUGUGUGGUUACAGACUUUUGUGUGAGGUUUUGAAAGUUAGGUAGGCGACUCUAAGCCGAGAAGCUCAGAAAACUGUUUACUGCCUCCAAAUGGCUGAUCACACUUUGGAUACGGAUAGCGAAGACGAAAUUCCAGCUGGUUGGGAAGAGAGGGUUACUUUAGAUGGAGAAGUUUAUUAUGCAAAUCACAGCACAGAAAAGACCCAGUGGGAACAUCCGACUACAGGGAAAAGGAAGUCAGUGAAAGGAGAUUUACCAUAUGGUUGGGAAAGGAAAAUUCGAGAAGAUGGAGUUGUGUUCUAUGUUGACCAUGUUAAUCAGAAGACAACGUACACAGAUCCAAGGCUGGCAUUUGCUGAGGAUGUUUCAAAAAAGGAUGUUAAACAAAAGUUUGACGGCAACAGCACAGCAUUACAUAUACUGAAUGGUCAGGACCUCAGUGGAAAAUAUGCCAUUGUAACUGGUGGAAAUAGUGGAAUAGGUUUUGAGACUGUACGUUCUUUGGCUUUCCAUGGUGCUCAUGUUGUUAUGGCCUGCAGAAACUUGGUUGCAGCCAAAGAGUGUCGAGAUAAGAUAGUCGAGGAGAGAUCGAAAGCUAAAGUUGAAGUUAUGAAAAUAGAUCUAGCUUCGUUGAAAAGUGUUCAAGAAUUUGCAGAACAGUAUAAACAGAAACAGUGGCCAUUACAUCUGUUGAUAUUGAAUGCAGCAGUAUUUGGUCAGUCAUAUACUCAAACAGAGGAUGGAAUAGAGCUGACAUUCCAAGUGAAUCACCUGUCACAUUUUUAUCUGACGAAAUUACUCUGGACUGUGUUAAUGAACUCAGCACCUGCAAGGGUGGUUGUUGUGUCGUCAGAAUCACACAGGAGUACAGAUUUAAAUGUGUGUAAUCUGAGUGAAGAAAAACUUUCACCUAGUGCCAAGAAUUACUGGGACCUGCAAGCCUACAACCUAUCUAAACUGUGUAAUGUUCUCUUUUCUCUACAUCUGAACAGUGUAUUGUCAAAAUGUGGUGUGACUUCAAACUCAUUACACCCAGGAAACAUUAUGUACACAAAUAUACAGAGAAGCUGGUGGUUUUACAGACUGCUGUUUUAUGUAGCAAGACCUUUCACAAAAUCAAUGCAACAAGGUGCAGCAACUACUAUAUAUUGUGCUGCAGCCCCCGAGUUGCAGAACAAUGGUGGUAUGUACUUCAACAAUUGUGUUCGAUGUCCACCUUCUAGUGCAGGAUGUGAUGAUGAGCUUGCAAAGGCAUUGUGGGAUAUAAGCGAACGAAUGCUUAGUAAACGUAUUGGAAGACCCAUUUAGUUUUGAGUUUCUGCAAGAGCUUUAUAUGGGUUCCAAGACAUGGUACCAGUACUCGCUUGUUCUCUCCAAAAACUGACAACUUCUCUGCUGGAGUAGGACAUUCAGCUCCACCUGAAGAUGGAACUUGCAGCGUCUAGAUGGGUAGUCAUGAACUCUCAAAUCAUAGCUGCAUUGACAGUGUAUUCUCUUGUUGAUUUUUAGCUCAACUAUAUGAAGUAUGGGGAGCUAUCCUACUCGACCUGAUGUUGGUGUCUCCGCGUCCGCACCUUGGUUAAGGUUUUGAUGCACUUUCUCUUUAUCCUGUAAUUACUUGAUGGAUUUGUUUUAAACUUAAAAUAGUUAUUCCUCAUCAUCACCCAUAUCAUAUGGCACUAGGGCCAUAACACCAGUAUUUCAUGAAUUAUCCCCCCUUUUACUUAGAAUUUCAGGUUAAAGUUUUGAUGCACUUUCACUCUGUCUGAGUUAUUAUUAAAUGGAUUUGAUUCAAACUUAAAAUAGUUGUUCCACAUCAUCAUCCACAUCAAUUGACACAAGGUCCAUAACUCUAGCAGCUAUUUUUCAUGAAUUAUCCCCCCUUUUUACUUUGAAUUUAAAGUUAAUUUUGAUACAUUUUCACUAUAUCUCUGUAAUUGCAGAGAUGAUUUGAUUCAGACUUAAAAUAGUUGUUCAACAUCAUCACUCGCAUCAUAUGACUCAAGGACGAUGACUGUAGCACCAUUAUUUCAUGAAUUAUCUCUCCUUUUUACUUAGAAUUUCAGGUUAAAGUUUUGGUGCACUUUCACUCUAUCUCAGUUAUUACUAAUUGGAUUUGAUUCAAACUUAGAGUAGUUGUUCCAGAUCAUCAUCCACAUCAUGUGACACAAGGAGUGUCACUCUUGCACCAAUAUUUCAUGAAUUAUGCCCCCUUUUUGCUUAGAAUUAUAGUUAUUUAAUGUUUUGAUACACUUUAUCUCUCUUAUUACUUAACACUUUUGACGCAGACUCAAGGUAUUGUCCAAUAUUUUCAUCCUCAUUGGAGUCAUUAAACACUCCAGUGACAGCUCCAGCUUCCUCAGAUGUGACCAGUUUCACUAUCCAGCAUUGAAAUAGUCGAGCACGCUGUCUCCUGUGACAGCUCUUGUUAAUGUUUCUACAUACCAAGUCGAUGUUGUUAAUGUUUUUAGUGGAAAUGUGAGACAUUUAUAUGAAUAGUUGAAAGUGAUAUGAGCCGCGCCAUGAGAAAACCAACAUAGUGGCCUUGCGAC